GCCGAGCGCUCAGUAGGUUCUCAGAUAUCGCGGAGUACGCACGUAGCCGCCGAACGUAAUGCUACACACGAUUGAUAAAUAAACGGAAGCGGUUCGCAGAAAUUAUGACUUUUGGACUGAUCGCGUGCAAAGAAGAUAGCGGAAGAUUAUUUGUUCUCGAUCGGAAAUUAAGAAUAGUGUCGAGGUAUUGGGAGAUUUUCGGCGAUUUGUCCGCCGAGAGGCUACCGAAAGAGAGGCUUCUUGUACUUUAAGACCCUAAUUUUGUGCUGUGUUACUGUUUAGGUGAACUGUGUUGUGUUUUGUUAUAAGGGGAUUUUUAUUAUUUUUUUUUUCGUUGGAUUUGCAAAAUGGUUCCCCAACAAAUUUCGGAUGUACGAUCCAUGACACCCACUUCUAGUGGCGUCCCAGUGUUUGGAUCUCAGCUCGUUGACAAGAACUCUUCAACUCCCUACACUGAUGCUACUCAGACGAAAAAGAAUAACCCGAACCACAUCAAGAGGCCGAUGAAUGCAUUCAUGGUGUGGUCUCAGAUUGAACGCAGAAAAAUAUGUGAACAAACGCCUGAUAUGCAUAAUGCGGAAAUAUCAAAAAAUCUAGGACGCGUCUGGAAGACUCUGAAUGAUGAGGAAAGACAGCCCUUUAUAGAUGAGGCUGAAAGGCUGAGACAGCUUCACAUGCGCGAGUAUCCUGACUAUAAGUACAGGCCUCGCAAAAAGACUACCAAACCUCCUCAACGGAAUGGGGGCAUUACCAAACAGAAACGCAAGCAGAGAGCUGACACGAACAACAACAGAGGCGUGGCCAGACGACGCUCGAGACCGACGCCUCCGAGCGUUCCCAGCAUGCCUCUCGAGACGCCCGCGCCGCCGGCACUCCCCGCGUCACCUGCGGGAGCACCAGACUCCCCAGAAUCAGCUUGCCUUUAUGAUGACAACUCGCGCCGGGAGCAGACGGACCUAACGGACCUCUACUCCAUAACGGACUUACUCCCUCUGCCCGCUGAUUGCGAAGUAGACCUAGAUGCGCUGACGGACAUGGAGUCCUUCGAAACUGCUUCGUCGUCCUCGGGAUCGCAUUUUGAAUUCUCGUGCACACCCGACGUGUCCGAUAUGCUGAGCGAGAUCGGAGUGGCAGGCGAGUGGGAUGAGCACACCUUCUCGUCGUACCUCACGCCGUCGUAGAGCGGCGCGGGUCCUCUGGCCCGAUGGCCGACCACUGAUCUCAUCCCCGCGCCGCUGCGCCGCCCCGCCUAGAGAGUGCCUACAUCCAAUUGACGUGUCGACAUUUGGAUCCAAUGUACAAAGUUAUAUAAUAAGGUGUCGAGUGUGAAAUUUUGAUUUAAAUGUCACAAGGCAAUAUGGCCUCAUUUCACCUCAGUUGUCUCGGUUUAUCGUUUAGUUUAGAAAGUGAACUUUUGUGACCGUCGUCCCGAAAUAUGAGGACAAACAAGGUUUUUAAAGGCUGUGAGUUGGUUCUUUUUAAAAUCGCAUUGCUUUUUGAUUUUCAAUUGUUGAAAAUGUCUAUCGGGGUGAUUUCCAAACGGCACGUCUCAGAUGCAUCUCAGUAAACAAUCCGUCUAAGUCUCCGUCGCCUGGUUAGCAAGCAACUGAUCAGUCAGGUCAGCUUGACGCACGCUCGCGUUGUCGGGUCCGUAUUCUGUAUGUUUACAUUACGACUUGGCUUCAUUAUUAUUAGUUUGCGAUCCCUCGAGCCCUUACUUUGUGUAAUGUUCAUCCUAAAGCUAAUUUUUAUUUACGUUUAGAGCAUUCAUUGUUCGUAGUAGGUCACUAGAAUUAUAAUCACAACUCUUGCGUCUUCUGCGCACGUUCACGAUACGUUCAUACACACAUAGAUAAUAAUAAUUGGACAGUUUAUUUUUACUGAUGGAAGCUAAUCGGUAUGUCAUUGGAAGAAUUUCGGAAUGCGUGAUUAGAAGUUAGAAUUAUUCGGAAUGGUAGCCCAUGCGGUAUAUUUAAAUAGAGCUACGAACGUAAGAGUUGAUCAAUGUUCUUUAAAUGUUAAGUCUUACAUGCGUAGCUCUUCUUAAAAUUUUCUAAGGAAAUUUACUUAGCAAGGGAUAUGUGUAGGUGUUUCACUAUAAUAUCUUGCUAUUUAUUCAUUAGGUCGCUUAAAAUAAGGUCUCUCAAUGGUAAGAUUCUAUGUAAUGUAAAAGUUUGUUGGCACCUCAGGAUUGCUGCAAAAGGGACACUUAAUAUCUCUUUUAUUUAUCUUCGUCUUCACGCUUUUCGAUGUAUUUAGAAAAGUACAUAUCAAUAAAGGGAAUGCACUGAAUCGCGGGACGGUAAAGUUGUUUAAGCCAUAGUUCGGUUACACUCAAAUAUUUCGCAAAUUCAAACUGUGAUUUACUUUAUGGAAUUUCUAAAUUUUAAGAAUAUAUAGUGGAGACUGAUAUCGCUUUAGAUUAGUUUUAGCCGCGCUAGCUUCUCUUAACCUUUUAAUUUUAGAACUGUUCUUCAUCCAAGAACAAUAUGUGCAUAUUUUUGAUAUUUUCUUUGCUGUGGCAAUCGAGUCUUUGAAACCAAGAAACAGCCGUGACCAACCGUCUCGAUUUUCACAGGGAAGUAACAAUAAAUCGAUUUGUAUUUUCAUAAACUGUCAAUUCAUUGUAAUUUAUGUCAGUUAUUCGUCUAACGUCUACUUAAUAAUCUUCUCUUAUAAAUAUAAAGUCUUUUAAAACAGUGCAGAUAUCGAAAGUUAUUAUUGAUAUGUAAUAAUACAGUAGGUUUUCUGUGUCCCUAAAAUAAUGAUAAGAAAUGAUCCGUUGUGCUCUAAGAAAAAAAUGCUUUACCUAUACUCUUAUAUUCUUAUAAACAUAUUGUAAAUCUUCGCUUAAUACUUUGUAAGUGUCUACGAAAUGUAAUUAUUUUUUAAAAUUGCAUAGAUGAGGGUUAUCUAUACAUGAUUAUGCAAAUCUGUAAUUUAUACUAUCUACUGUGUGUUGUAGGGCAAUAUUAUGAUAGAAUAUAUACAAUCGAUAAUACUUUAUUAAAAGUACAUUUGUGCCUAAUGAAAAUUUCGUAAACUUCAAAUAUAAAUAUAUUUAGAGAUGCUCAACUUUACCUAUAUAAGCAAGUAGAUUGUAGAUGCUGUUCAAAUCUGUCUAAAGUUAUUAACAUUAAGAUUAUCUCGAUUGCCAGAUUUGCAUUUUGUUUUAUUUGCUCCAAGCUAAAAUGUAUGUAACGUAAAUACAUAAACUUUAAGUACACAUUUAUCCUUAACAUGCAAACGCCUUAUAUCUUUCCAAUUCAGUUUCUGUAACCUUUACUUCACGAGUAUUUUGAAACUUUGACAAUAAAAUUUUACUUCUGUGUAAGUUCCAAACAGACUUACUAGUCUUUCCGUGCGAGUACGUUUUGAAUAUACCUCAAUUUUACCACUGUCGUUUAUUUUUAUAGCUUUUUUCGUAGUAAAUUUUGCCAUUAUUUCCAAUGUGAUUUCAAAUUCAACGAGUCAAAGCAAUAAACUUUAAAUACGAAUGCUCAAAUUAGUGUAAAAAUCUUCUCUCCUUUUAAAAUCUGCAUUCGUGAAUCGUAGAAUAUUUCAUGUGUUAAACUCUAAUUGUGCUCAUGAUUUUAAUUAGAGGGAAGACAUUAAAUUAACCCCUGAGUAAUUUAAAACAACAUCGAAUUUAAUGUAUUUGUGCAUGUUACAGUUCAAUGAUUGGACUUAUCAGGGUUUGAUGUUUUAUUUUAAAUUAAGAUUGUAAUCUAUUCUUCAAUGAACGCGUUCAGUGUCCCAAUUCGUUUUAUUUUGCUUGGAUAUAGGCUUCUUAGUAGCCUUCGUCUUUUAAUAAGUGUAAUAAUGUAAAUAAGUAUUAAAAUUGUUAAUAUUGAAAAGUCAAAAUAAAGCGAUACUGUGAGAAAUAUUAGAUUAUAAAUGAUUUAUGCGUCAUAAUGAAUUAAAUAUCGUAGAAGACGUUGUAGCUAUUGUAGAUUUUGUAAUAUUAAAGUAUAUCUUUGUAAAAGAAGAAUUGUUGUGUACCUCAAAAGCUUUCUAUCUUCUGUGAAAGUGAAUACUGAAUCUUCUAAAUUUUACUUUUGUUCCCUUACUAAUAUUUACUUAUAAGUAAACUUGUCAUGUUGAUUAAAUUCAACAAUUUUAAAAUGUGUAAGAGAUACUGAGUAAGAAAAAAAAGUAAAGUAUGUAGUGUUUGUUAUAUUUACACAAGAUAUAAAUGUAAUCAUUAACAAUAAUCGUAUUAGUAGAUGUCACGGUUGCAAAUUGCGAUAUUACAAAAGCUUUUAAAUAUCGAUAAGUCUUGUAUAUUUGUUUAAAAGUGUUAGUGAAUCAUUCACAGAACUGAAAAAAGGUUGAAAAUAUUCUCGUUACGUUGUUUGAAAUUUGAACAAUUAUAAGUGUAUCAUAUGUAUGUAUUGUUGAUUUUAUUUGUAAGCAUCUUUUAAACGUUCGUCGACGUUUCCUUCUCUUUGAGACACAACGAAAAUUCUCCAACUUUCACUUAGCACACUUUCAUAAUUGUAAUACUUGGUGUCUGUAAGAUUAAAUUUUAAAACGUUUAUAACCAACUUAUAAUUAAGACAUCAAACCGUAGAUUGUGUAUUACCAUAAUUAAAGUUCAGAUAAUCUUGUUAACGUAGAUUUAUCAAUAAGAAUUGAUAUUGUAAUGUUUAAUGUUAAUUAUAAAUUGAAAACAAAAUCCGCACAAUGAAGUCAUGGAACUAACAUAGUUGUAAAUGAAAUAGGUAUUAUUGAUAUAAUUACGAGUAUAGUAACAGAUAAGUGUGAUAGAUAUUGCGUUCCAUAUAUUCUGGGGUAGGUUUUAUAGAUGUUUUCUUGCAAACGAAUAACAACUUCGCUUCACCUAGUAAUCCUAAGAACGUACAGAUAACUAAGAAGUUUAAGUUUACAUUAUUAUAAAGGCUAUCUGUAUAUUUUUAGCAUUCUAUGGAUCCUACUGUAUAUGCGUAAAAGCUUUUGACAUUAUUCCAGUAAUUUCCAUUGUAAAUAUAUUUUCUAAUUGAACAAAAAUUUUAUAAAAAAAAAAUGGUCCAUUAAACUUUAUCACGUAAUUUUAAGAUAGUGAUUAUAAGAACAUAGCAGCAUAUGUAUACUUAUGGAGAUAUUGUGUGUGCUUACCUUGUUAUUGAAAUACCUAAUGCCAAACGAAUUUCUACUUUGAAGCUAAAAAGCAUGGCUUUAAACAUUAUGAUUGAACUAAAACUUGCACUCUCAUCUCUGUAGUAAUUAACAACCUUGUACAUAGAGUUAUCAUUAAGGCCACAUAUUCAUUCAUACAUACGAGUAAUAUAGUGUCCAGAAAGAUUCUAGUCUUGAAAUAUUUUCGAGCACAUUAUAUCAGCGUGUUUUCAUUCGUAGCUGCCGACUUCGGUCGGUUUUUCUUAAAUUACGGUGGCCUUUCCAUAUUUGAUACCUGAUUUUUCUUAGAGUGUUUUUAAUUGAUACCAAAAAUAAUUGAUGCUGUUAGACACCGUUACCGAUGGAUCUCUUUCUUUAAGUAGCACAAAACUACGGUUUUCGGCAAAACCAAAUAAUGACAAUUUUUUGUCGUAAUUUUAAUUGGUUUCAAAAUGUAUAUAGAUUGUUUAGGCCCAGCUGUUUCGAACACAUCAAUGCCACUGGGUACGAGAACAGUGUGGCGAUGGUUGGUUUCUUUUAUAAGUUAAUAUCGAAUGAGGAUCUUGGUUUACAUUUGAUUUUCUCAUCCGUUGUAUAAAUUAUUCUCUCCUACUGUUAGGUACUCUUGCAUAUAAUGUACGUAGUUGUUUAAAUGUUAAGUAUAAACUAAAAUAACGUAGUUACUUAAGUAAACGUGUACAUUUUGUAUCGUACUUUGUUUCAAUAAUGAAUAUAUAUUAUUAUUAUAUGGUAAAAUAAAUCAAGUUUUUUAAAAAUA